GUAGGCGAAAAGCCAUGGGAUCGGAUUAGACCUUUCCUAUCCUGUUCCCCAUCAAAGCUUCGGUGUAAGCUUUGGGACCCGGAAAACUUUUUUUUCGAUCUCGUUUUUUCGCUCUUUGACGGGACCUGACCUGUUCCUGACAUCAACGACAAACUUAAAAGUCGUCCACAGGAACGGAGUGCGGUGGUAUCUCUGUUCUUCCAUCCUCCCAUCGAAGCAUGUACCCAGACGUCGCGGCCAUGGCCCCGCCGACCGUCCAACAGCAGGAUUCCCUCGUCGAUCAGGAUCCCCUCAACGAUGGAGAAGAGGACAGAAGCCAGCGCGAAUCUCAAGAUGAUGCAGCAUUGUUGAAAACCAUGGGCUACAAGCCGGUCUUGCAUCGAACGUAUAGUUUCUUCGAGAACUUUGCAACCACCUUUGCCGCGCUUUACUUCAUCGGUGGGGUUCGUGUCACCUUCAGUACCGGAAUCAUGGCUGGUGGGAAUUUAGCCUACUGGACGAGCUACCUUGUCACCAUGGUUUUCACUUUCAUCACGGCUGCCGUAAUAGCGGAAGUCUGCUCCGCGUCGCCAUCCGCAGGUUCCAUCUAUUUAUGGGCAGCGGAAGCCGGUGGUCCCCGGUUUGGACGGCUCCUUGGCUUCAUCGUCGCAUGGUGGAGCACGACGGCAUGGACCACCUUUUGUGCCAGCAACACGCAAUCGGCGGUCAACUACAUGUUGGCUGAAUUGACCGUGUUCAACGUCGAUUUCCCCAAAGACACCAGUGAUGUCAAAUUUCGUGCACUUCAAUGGAUCUGCACCGAGGUGCUGCUGGCAUUGGCUGCGCUCCUCAACUUUAUGCCUCCCCGCUAUUUCCGGUUCGUCUUCUAUUUCUCCUCGAUGAUCGUCAUGCUGGACUUUGUUCUCAACCUCGUCUGGCUCCCCAUUGGCACGCACAAUACCUGGGGGUUCCGGACGGCGGAGGAGGCCUUCAUGUCGACCUACAACGGCACCGGCGCCCCUCCCGGAUGGAAUUGGUGUCUGUCGUAUCUCGCCACGGCCGGUAUCCUGAUCGGAUUCGACGCCUCGGGGCACGUCGCCGAAGAGACUAAGCACGCCUCGGUGACGGCCGCGCGAGGUAUCUUCUGGAGCACAAUAGCAAGCGGAUUCGGCGGACUCGCCACCAUUAUCUUGUUUCUCUUUUGCGCGCCCGGCCCAGCGAAACUCUUCGAAUUCGGCUCCUCGCAGCCGUUCGUACCGCUUUACGCCGCAGUGCUAGGUAAAGGCGGCCACGUCUUUAUGAUCGUGAUAUGUGUUGUCGCCCUGUGGCUCAACACCGCGAUAGCCAUCGUGGCCGCCUCCCGACUAGUCUUCGCCGUCGCGCGAGACGGCGUCCUCCCCUUCUCAUCGUGGGUAUCCCGCGUCAACAACGGCCAACCACGCAACGCUGUAGUCGUCGUCUGGGCCGUCGGCGCCAUCAUCACCUGCACGCUGCUUCCCUCCGACGUAGCCUUCACAUCGCUAGUCUCAGCAGCCGGCGUACCCAGCGCCGCCGCAUACGGCCUAAUCUGCCUAGCGCGGCUGCUCUGCACACCACACCGGUUUCCGAAGCCGCAGUGGAGCCUCGGCCGCUGGAGCAAGCCGUUCCAGUUCAUCGCGGUGUUCUGGAACGGGUGGGUAGUGGCCGUGCUCUUCUCACCUUAUCAGUUUCCUGUGUCCGGGGCGAAUCUCAACUAUGCUCCUAUCAUUAUGGCCUCCGUGACUGUCUUCGCUCUGAUCUCGUACGUGGUCAUGCCAGAGGAGGCCUGGCUGCCGCGGAACCGCAUCUCGCAUUUCAUUGAUAGCAAGGGCGCGAGUACAACGGUGGAAGAAGUGGGCGUCCCCCCGAGAGAGGAGCAGGCACGGGAGCCUAGCGAUGAACGGACCCGGACUGAGGCGCUCGCGCAAUGAAUGUUAUCUAGU